AUGGCGGUCCAGAAAACCACUAAGAAGGCAGUUCACUUCGGUGCUGGCAACAUUGGCCGUGGCUUUGUUGCCUGCUUCCUCCACAACUCCGGGUACGAGGUCGUCUUCGCCGACGUGGCCGGCCCCUUGAUAGACGCCCUCAACUCCACGCCGUCAUACAAGGUGAUUGAAGUCGGAACCGAGGGCACAACGGAAUCGACCAUCACCAACUACCGAGCCAUCAACUCCAAGACCCACGAGGAGGACCUGGUGCGGGAGAUUGCGAGCGCCGAUGUCGUCACCUGCUCCGUUGGCCCAAACGUCCUCAAGUUCAUCGCCCCCGUGAUUGCGAAGGGCGUUGACAUGCGGCCAACUGACGCCGACCCUAUUGCCGUCAUCGCCUGCGAAAAUGCUAUCGGGGCCACCGAUACUCUGGCAGGACACAUCAAGCAUCCCGACAACACUCCUGGGCACCGCUUAGACGACCACCACGAGCGAGCAAGAUAUGCGAACUCGGCUAUCGACAGAAUCGUGCCCGCACAAGAUCCCGAAGCCGGGCUCGACGUCACGUUGGAGAAAUUCUACGAGUGGGUCGUCGACAGAACACCGUUUGGAGAUCACCAGGUCCCCAGCAUCGAGGGCAUCAACUGGGUUGACCACCUGGAGCCUUUCAUCGAGCGCAAGCUGUACACAGUCAAUACCGGCCACGCCACUGCAGCCUACUUUGGCUACAACCGCAAUAAGCGAACAGUGUAUGACGCUCUUCAGGACCGCGACAUCCGCGGCCAGGUCGAGGCGGCAUUGCGGAACACGGCCACCCUGAUCACCGACAAGCACGACAUCCCCGAGGACCAACAGAUGGCCUACGUUAAGAAGAUCAUGAAGCGCAUUGGCAACCCGCAUCUCGAGGACGCUGUCGAGCGUGUCGGCCGCGCCCCCCUCCGCAAGUUGUCGCGGAAGGAACGCUUCAUCGGGCCCGCCGCGGAGCUCGCCGAGCGUGGCGAGGACUUCGAGUCCCUGCUCCAUGCCGCCGAGAUGGCUUUCCGCUUCCAGAAUGUCGACGGGGAUGAGGAGAGCCAGGAGCUCGCCAAGCUUAUGGCCGAGCUCGCCCCCCAAGACGUCGUCGCCAAGGUGUGCGGACUGACUCCCACCGAGAAGCUGUACCCUCGGGUCGUCGAGGUCGUCAGGAGAGUGCAGGCGGACAGCCAAGAGGAUUAAUCCGGGCAGUCCUGAGUAACGUCGGUCCGGGGCGCGAGGCGUCCUAUUUCUCGGUUUGGUUUCUUGGUUUAUGUGAUCAUGACACAGGGUUAGCAGGGAUGCAUGUCAAAUGGCGGAUAAAUGGCGUUCAAGAGUUUCUCACGGGUCAAUUUUAUAUUUGUAGAGGCGCCUGAUGGUCCGACGCUUCGACGCUUCAACGCUCCUCGGGCGUAUCGUUGGUCAUCGCGGUAGCGCUUUGUGUCGAAGGUUAAGAAUGUACAGAUUAAGAUAGCGAGAUUCUAUAGCUGUACAGAACGAAAGUCAUCUGUCGACCUCCGGCAACAAACUUUUCGAGUCUGACCAUAAUCUUAACGAUGGCAUUGUGAUGAGGGUUGUCUUCCCCCAGAGCCUCGUCUGAUCCCUCACCUCCUCAUCCCGCUAGGUUCACCCCACGCCACACCUGUUACACUCCUGAUCGAA